AUGAAAGAAGUUAAUUACUCUUACGUAAAAAAUUUUCCUGAAUUUAAUGAAAUUAUAGAAAAUAAUGGGGAAUUUUUGAAAUUUUCUCGUGACCCAUGUACUGAUGGUGUUAUUGGAGCAAGAGAUCAUAUAAAAAAUAGAUUCAAACAAGAUAAAUGCCACGCAGCCUUGUCCUUUGCAAAUAUUAUAAAGAAUAAUUAUAUAAGUGAAUCUACAGAAGAACGUUGCUUCUACUUGUAUUAUUGGUUGUACAAUGAAUUUAAGGAUAAUAAUAUAAGUGAAUAUACCAAUGAAAUUUAUCCAUUAUUGUUUAGUAUAGUAAGUAGUAAUCCUAACAAUUCCUUAUGCCCAUAUUAUAAGGGAUCUUUUACUAUUCCAUAUAAUGAACUGACAAAACUCGACGACUUAUAUAACAUACAUAAUAAGCUUUAUUGCAUAAAAAAAUCAUGUCCCUCUUGCAAUAAUACAUGCAAAUGUAUAACUGAGUGUUCAGAUAUAUAUGAAAGGCACAGUGAAACUUGUAAAUCCAAUAAUACUAGCCAAUUUUGUACAGCAUUAGAAAAUAUAAAAAAUAUAUAUUAUAAUGAACUACAAAAUACAACUGAUAAAUGUGGUAAGGCUAAAUGCAAAAUUUUACCUUGUGAUUAUAUUAAGAAUAUAGAGUUACGCUCUUCCAGAAUAAGUACACCAAAAGAUGCUAUAAUAUCAACUAUUUUUGUAUUACUAAUACCUGCUUUACUAUUUAUAAUUUAUAAGUUCCUUCCAUAUAAUUCAUACAUACAUGGUGGCAUAAAAAGGAUAAUAAAUAAGUGGCGUGUUAUGAACGAAGAACGGGAUAAAUCGAAAAAAUCAGAAUUAUCAAAGAAUAAUUGUUGGAACAGUAGUUAUAAUAUGUUAUAUAGGACCAUAUAA